UCCUCCACGUCGUCCAUUUUCCCCCAACCCGCACAUGUUGCCGCACCGGUCGAGUCUCCUAGUUUUUCAUCACUUCAAUUCCGCGGUCACAAGGAACGCCGUCGGAGCCUCCUGUUUAGGCGCAAAACAUGGUGGACGACCCCGAGUAUGAGGAAGAGGAGCCCUCCUUCAGCGACCCGGAGGACUUCGAGGAUGACAUCGAAGAUGAGGAGCUCCUGGAUGACAUCCUGAGGGAAAAACCCCAGGCGGCUGACGGUAUCGACUCAGUGGUGGUGGUGGACAAUGUCCCCCAGGUCGGCCCUGAACGUUUGGAAAAGCUCAAGAACGUCAUCUGCAAGAUUUUCUCCAAGUUUGGCGAGAUCAACACUGAGUUUUACCCGACGACCGAAGGCACAACUAAAGGGUACAUCUUCCUGGAGUAUGCCUCGCCCACCCAGGCUAUUGAGGCUGUGAAAAACGCAGAUGGAUACAAACUGGACAAACAACAUACGUUUCGGGUCAACCUUUUCACCGACUUUGACAAGUACAUGAACAUCAGUGAUGAGUGGGAAACUCCGGAGAAGCAGCCUUUUAAAGAUUUUGGCAACAUGCGCCACUGGAUUGAGGACGCAGACUGUCGGGACCAGUACAGUGUGAUCUACGAAGCUGGCGAAAGGACCGCCAUAUUCGCCAACGAUGUCAAGGAGCCAGUUGUUGUCGAAGAGAGAGCACGCUGGACUGAGAUCUAUGUCCGGUGGUCUCCCAAAGGCACCUACCUGGCUACGUUCCACCAACGGGGCAUCGCAUUGUGGGGCGGCGAGAAGUUCAAACAGAUCCAAAGGUUCAGCCAUCAAGGGGUGUCGCUCAUCGACUUCUCACCCUGUGAGAGGUAUGUCGUGACCUUCAGCCAACUGAUGGACACCAAAGAAGACCCACAGGCCAUCAUCAUCUGGGACAUUCUUACCGGACAGAAGAAGAGAGGUUUCCACUGCGAGAGCGCCGCACAGUGGCCCAUAUUCAAAUGGAGCCAUGAUGGGAAGUUUUUUGCCCGGAUGCAGCCAGACACACUAAGCAUCUAUGAGACUCCUUCUAUGGGCCUACUCAACAAAAAGAGUCUUAAGAUCAGCGGAAUUAAGGACUUUUCAUGGUCUCCGGGUGACAACGUCAUUGCAUUCUGGGUACCCGAGGACAAAGACAUCCCUGGCAGGGUGACUCUCAUGCAAAUGCCUUCUCGUCAAGAGAUCCGCGUUCGCAUUCUCUUCAAUAUGGUUGACUGCAAGCUGCACUGGCAGAGGAAUGGAGAUUAUCUCUGUGUGAAAGUAGACCGGACACCUAGAGGAACUCAGGGCGUGGUCACCACCUUCGAAAUCUUCCGCAUGAGAGAGAAAGAAGUUCCUGUUGAUGUGGUGGAGAUGAAAGACAGCAUUAUAGCGUUUGCAUGGGAGCCCAAUGGCAGCAAGUUUGCUGUUCUCCACGGAGAAUCGCCCAGAAUCAACGCUUCCUUCUACCAUGUGGAAAGCACCGGCAAGAACAAGCUCUUAAAGACGUUCGACAAGCAGCAGGCUAACAGUAUCUUCUGGAGCCCCCAGGGACAGUUUGUGGUUCUUGCUGGUCUCAGGAGCAUGAACGGAGCUCUUGCCUUUGUCGACACGUCAGACUGCACCAUGAUGAACAUAGCAGAGCACUACACGGCCUGUGACGUGGAGUGGGACCCAACCGGGCGCUACGUUGUUACCUCCGUCUCCUGGUUGAGCCACAAGGUGGACAAUGCCUAUUGGCUGUGGACAUUCCAAGGUCGCCUUCUUCAGAAGAACAACAAGGACCGCUUUUGUCAGCUGCUGUGGAGACCCAGACCUCCAUCUUUAAUCAGUGCAGAGCAGAUCGCGACAAUCAAGAAGGAUCUGAAGAAAUACUCCAAGAUCUUUGAGCAGAAGGAUCGUCUGAGCCAGUCCAAGGCUUCUAAGGCGCUGGUGGACAAGCGCAGGGCUUUGAUGGAUGACUACCGUCGCUACAAGGAGCAGUCCCAGCAGCUCUAUCAAGAACAGAAGGAGCUCCGCUUGGAACUCAGAGGAGGGGUAGACACUGACGAGCUGGACAGCAACGUGGACGAUUGGGAGGAGGAGACCAUUGAAUUUUUUAUCAACGAAGAAAUCAUUCCCAUCGGAGAUCUCUAGUCCCUACGCAGUGCAUCAGUUUGAGUGUGGAAGAAGUCAAGAAGAAGCAUCAUAGUUUGGAGAAGGACUAGGACCACCCCGUCAAUUUCGGGCUUCAAUCCCAAGCCUCAAUAUUCACCCUUAGUGACGUCAUCAGAACCCGCUUUGCGGAUCAUCAGCCACUUACGCUUGUGGAACUUGAUAUUUACUAACAGCGUCUUCCCGCUCUUCUCACGGUACAUUCUUCCAGGAGUGGUUCCUCAGCUGGCCUCUCCAUGGGGGGUGCAGCCUUGUUAGUCAAUGUGCUGAUGUGGCGCUAUAGUGGCCUCUAUCCUCCUCCUUUCAGACUAGGCUUCCACACCGGGUGGAGGGGGAAUAACUCGAAAUAAAACAGUCAAGUGGGA